UAUCUGUUUCAGUCAGGACAGACGACCCUCAGUUCCACUCAUAUCAACAUAGAAAAUGGAGGGCGAUUCGCUCAUAGAGGAAGACCCGUCAUGUUCAGUGUGUGGAGAAGUGUUCAGUGUUCCCUUGGUCCUCUGCUGUGUUUCAUGCGGAAGCAGCUUCUGUGAAAAUUGCUGUCAGCAGUUUUGGGAAACACAAUGUCCUUUUUGCAGACGAGAGGCCUCUGGAUCCCAUCUCAGAAAGUGCAGAGAGCAAAGAAUGAAGGCACUCAUCAGAAGAUAUCAAGUGUCAGUAGAAAUCUCGCUCAGUGAUGUAUUCUCUGAUUAAAUUCUGGAGCCAAUCAGAAGACAGAUCUCCCAAGGGCCAUCUUAAGUGGGAGGGGGGCUCAUGGUAUCCCCUUGUGACACAACUAGGCAACGAAGGACUCAAAGAAGCAAUGGCCACCAAGCAAUCACAUCUUGCAGAAGACCUGUCGUGCCCCAUCUGCGGAAGUAUCCUGCAAAAGCCUGUAGUGCUGUUUUGCAGACAUCGCUUCUGCAAACCAUGCCUGGAAAGCCUUUGGAACGGUGGAGGGUCUUGCGAAUGCCCUCUUUGCUGUCAGCCAUCGUCUAUGGGGGAGCUCGUAGUCAACACCGUGCUUGAGAAGACCUGCGAGGGCUUUCUGGAGAAAUGCAAAAAUGACCCUCUUGCGUGCAGGGAGCAUGGUGAGACCUUGACGCUCUUUUGUUUGGAGCACCUGGAACCAACUUGUAGCAAAUGCAAGUCAUCAAUGAACCACCAGGGUCACAGAUUAUAUCCAUUAAACGAAGCUUCCCAUGACUGUAAGGAGGAACUCAAAAAUGCUUUAAAACCACUUCAGGAAAAGUUGAAGCUCUUCCGAAAAGCAAAACUCACCUGCGAGCAUGCAGUGAAUCAUAUUAAGAAUCAGGCAGAGAACACAGAGAGGCAGAUCCGAGAGGAGUUUGAGGUCCUGCACCAGUUCCUGAGGGAUGAGGAAGCAUCUCGGCUCUCCAUGCUCAAGCAAGAGAGAGAACAGAAGAGGCAGAUGAUGAACGAAAAGAUUGAGGAUUUGGAGAAUGACAUCACUUCACUAACCAACACUAUAAGAAUUAUUGAACAGGAGAUGAUGUCUCAGGAUAUACCAUUCCUCAAGAAUUAUAAAGACACCAUAAAGAGAACCUGGCGAAUUCCCCAGGAUCCAGAGAUGAUGGCAGGUUCACUGCUUGAUAUAGCAAAGCACCUGGGCUCACUGAAGUUUAAAGUGUGGGAGAGAAUGUUGGAAAUCAUUCAGUAUACUCCCGUGACCCUUGAUCCGAACACUGCGGCCAGCUGCUUCCUGCUGUCAGAGGACCUGACUACAAUACAGUGCUGCUCUCAGACGUUUAAGCUCCCAGAAAACCCUGAGCGUUUCGAUGUAGGAGCAGAGGUUCUGGGCUACGAGGGCUUCAGCUCUGGGCGACACAGCUGGGACGUGGAGGUCAAAAACAACACCUACUGGGUCAUUGGAGUUGCCAGCGCAUCCAUCAGCCGGAAGGGAAAGCACGUGUUGACGCCCGCUGAGGGCUUCUGGACUAUCAGGCUACGAAACGGAGAGUAUAAAGCCUGCACUGCCCCAUGGUCCCCUCUUACUAUGACCGAGGAGCCACAGGUGGUGCGAGUCGUGUUGGACAUGAACAGGUCCAGGGUGACUUUCUAUGACUUACGAGAGAGAACACCUCUGUUCACCUACACAAACAUUAUCACGCCCAGAGCAUUCCCGUACUUCUGCAGCGCAUGUAAGGAUUACCCACUGAAAGUGCUGCCCGCUUGGAUAACCAUUAAAUCAGAUUGAUGCACAGAACGUCUCAUUAGCUACUAGUGUAAAAAUUCAGCACCACAUGGUUUGGAUUUUUAACACCUAACCAAAACGGUCAUGAACUGUUAGUCUUGUGGACAGUUAUUGUCUUUUAAUUGUUAGACUCAUGGACAGUUAAUCCACUGAAAAAUGCUGUUUGUUUUGGUAAUCUUCAAUCAAAAGCUGAUCAUCUGUUCCACUCUGGAAUAGCAGUCCACCUUUGAUGAUCUCUGUUUGACAGCUUGGGUGAAAUAUGUUUAGCCACGGCCCCUCAAACCCCCCUCUGAGCAAUGUGAGGAGAGUUUACUCCUACUGACUUGGUAUAAUAUUUUGGUCCGUUUAGAAACUUUGCCAUGAAAAAGUAAAGCAGAUCAAGAACAAAAAGCAACAGUGAGUACGUUUACAUGGACACCAAUAAUUCGAUUUUAAUGCAAUUAUGACAAUACUCUGAUUAAGAGUCUACCAUGUAAACAGCAACUUUUGAUUAAUUUAGUCCAUUAAGGUCAUAAUUGAACUAAAGAAAAAUCGAAUUAAGACGUGUGGAGUAUGCUGAUUUUAGUCGCAUUAUUGAAGUGCAGUACAGACAAUAAUCAAUAAACACCUUAAUCAAACUAUUCCCAUCAUGAUAGGACUUUUCGCCACGUUUUGCGACUGGAUAGUCCACACACACACACACACACACGCACACACACGCACGCGCACACGCACACGCACACGCACACGCACACGCACACACACACGCACACACACACACACACACACACACACACGGCUGUUUGAAACUCUUUGCACCUAUGGAGUGCAGACCACAGACAACUGCAUGGUGAAAAGCGGAGUUUUUUCUUCCAUUCAGCGUGCGGUAUGAACUUCCAUUAAAACAACACUCUUCCAGCUGUUCAUAGUUGCAUCCAAUAUCUCGUUUGUCACGGUGGGCAUGCAUGAAAUGAUUCUAAAUGAAAGUGAAAGUGCCAAACUGCAAUUAAAGUCGACAAAUUAAAAAUGAAACAACCAAAACUUACAUGAAACUCCGGAGGAAAUGCGGAUAUCGUGGUGACGCAAUGACGUUAAUCGAAUUAUGUGCUAUAACAUGUAAAACGGGCAUCAUGAAAGGAACAUUCAAAAAGCAACUCAUGUAAACACCUUAAUCUUAUUAUUGUCUUAAUUAGAUUAAGGCAAAUAAUUCGAUUACUGUUGUCCAUGUAGUCAUUGUAACAAUUUGAAUCCCUGUUUUGGAAUAAAACAAUAGAUCUACAGGUGUGAAAGCACCCUUGAAGUGCCUUGUUUCUAACUCUAUUCCCUUACCUCAUUUAAUGAAUCAUAAAUAUGCAAAUUAGUUGUCUUCGCUCAGUCAUACCGAAUCAGACCUACUCCAAUCAGAUAACCAGUGCAGCAGACCCUACACAGAGGCAAUUGUCUUGGAUUAAUGGUCAUCGGUGUGACAGUCUUUGGAAUUUUGAGAGUCAAUCUGAGAGUGAAUUCAUUCAAAUUCUGAAUGUAUUAUAACAGGGUUGCCAACUCGCAUGCAUGUGGCAUCAGGGACACUAGACGCUUUCAAGCUCUGUAUUACGCUCUCAUGCUCAAAUUCACUCAAAAAUGAAAAUUCUGCCAUGAUUUAUUCAGCCUUUACUUCAGCCUUUCAAAUCUUUAUGAGUUACUUUUUUUCUGAUAAUUCUUUUGAAAAAAUUUGGAAACCUGCAACCAUUGACUUCCACAGUAUUUGUUUUGUCUACUAUUGAAGUCAACGGUGGUUACAGGUUUUCAUCUUCCUUCAAAAUAUCUUGUGUUUAUCAGGAGAAAAACCACUUGAGAAUGAGUAAACAGUAUUUUUUGAGGCGGGGGGAAGGGGUUAAACCUCAUGUGGUUUUAAACUACACGUUUCUUUCUUUGGUUGAAUACAAAACAAGAUAUUUUAAAGAAUGUUGGUUGCUGGCACCCAUUAACUUCCAUAGCAGAAAGAAAUUUCUCUCUACCAGGAAUUUUUAAAACGCCUUAGGGAAAAUAAAGUAAGAACAUUGUUCUUCAUUGUAAUUUUUCAGUGAAGAAACCCAUUAAGUAAUUUUAGCCACUGAUUUCUUUAAGUACAAUUUUUUUUGGCAUCUUUGUGCAUGAUUACUACUGUCUGACAUUUGCAAAUACAUUUAAAAUGAGUUUGUGGGACUCUUUAAUUAUUAUUAAAUUUUAUAAUAAUCAGUUAAGUGGUAUUUGUACAAGUUAGCAUUUUUUAGCCUAUAUUUUGCUAAAAAGUUAUAAUAGUUGGUGUAGGAAGAGGAACACAGUAAACAUAGUAAAGGUAAAAUUUUCUCCAUUUUAGAUCAUUUUUUUGAAUGCCACAAUCAGAUGUUUUCUUGUGUACUGUUGGUACUGUAAAUUGUAUUGAAAAUUUUGGAAAUGAGCUGCUGUGUCUGUUUCUUUCAUUUAAACAUUAUUUUCAGCACAACUUUGUCACAUCUGUACUUGAUCUAGGUCACACCUAAAUAUGUGGAAAGUGUGAGGGGAACCAAUUGCUUCUUAUACAUUUGAAAUAGUAAACUUGAGUUUGCAAAAGA